AUGGCGGCGUUCAGGCUCAGCAACAACGUGAUCGGGGCGCUCAACCUGGUGACGCUCCUGCUCUCGGCGCCCAUCCUCGGCGGGGGGGUCUGGAUGGCCACCCGCGGCGACGGCAGCGAGUGCGACCGCCACCUCUCCUCGCCGGCCAUCGCGCUCGGGGCGGUCCUCAUGGCCGUCUCCCUCGCGGGUCUCGUCGGCGCCUGUUGCCGCGUCACCUGGCUGCUCUGGGUCUACCUCCUCGCCAUGUUCGCCCUCAUCGUCCUUCUUCUCGGCUUCACCGCCUUCGCCUUCGCCGUCACCAACAAGGGCGCCGGCGAGGCCGUCUCCGGCCGCGGGUACAGGGAGUACCGCCUCGGGGACUACUCGACGUGGCUGCAGCGCCGCGUGGAGAGCAGCAAGAACUGGGACAAGAUCAGGAGCUGCCUCGCCGGCGCCGGCGUGUGCGGGAGCCUGCAGGGCAGGAACGAGACGUGGGCGCAGUUCGUCGCCGCCGACCUCUCCCCGGUCCAGUCCGGCUGCUGCAAGCCGCCCACUAGCUGCAACUUCACCUACGGCGGUGGCACGCGGUGGGGCAAGACGGCCAGGAUGGGCUCGGCUGAUCCGGACUGCGAUGAGUGGAGCAACGACGCCGACGAGCUCUGCUUCGGCUGCCAGUCGUGCAAGGCCGGCGUGGUGGCCACGCUCAAGAAGGACUGGAAACGCGUGGCCAUCGUCAACGUCGUCUUCCUCUCUUUCAUCGUCGUCGUCUACUUCGUCGGAUGCUGCGCGUUCAAGAACAGCCGGCGGGACAGUGUCUACCGCCGCGCCGGCGGGUGGAAGCAGGCCGGAUAUGCCUAAUUUUGUUACUGUUGAAUUUGUUUCAUAUUAUAAAAUAUUUUAGUCUUUUACAUAUAAUCAUAAGCAUCUCCAAUAGCUGCCUAAAAAUAUAGUCCCAAAAAUUAUGGAUUUGGGGCUAGCCAAUAACUUUUGGGCUAAAAAAACAUCCUCAUCUCAUCUCCAAAAGAUGCCUAAAAAUAUAGACCCAAAAACUUUAAAUAUGCCAAUUCAUCAU